GCAUGUGCAAGUGCACUUCCGGAAGUGUCGGUUCUUACCUUUCUGAGUGAUUGGAAAACAGGUUUUCCGAUCGAAACAGAGAAUAUCGUAUCGAACCCCGAAAUUCGUUCGGAAACUUGGCCGAUUCAUUAGGUAAUAUAUUUAAACCAAGGUCAUAGACCUACCAGAUUACCGCUCCUUGCUGCUGCAUUUCUGCUAUGUUCUUGUUUUCCUUGUUAUUGAUGGUUAGAUUGUGACCUUCGGGUUGAGGCUAUACAAAAUUUCAAUUUUUCGUCAAUUCCUUAAAACAAAAUGGCCUUGCAUGAAAAGUUAGAUAGAUUCAAGAAGCAGCAAGAGAAGUGCCAAUCCACCCUUGUUGACAUUGCUGGACCUUCUAAAUCCACUGGAGCUCAAAAAUCUAUCCCUUCUGCAUCAACAGUAACAAAUACUAGAACUCCAGGUCCACCUGUCAAAUUUUCAAAUGACACAGAGAGACUCCAACAUAUCAACAGUAUUCGAAAAGCUCCUGUUGGAGCUCAGAUGAAGCGUGUGAUAGGCCUGCUAUUUGAGACGGCUUUUACACCAGAACAAAUAAAUGACGCUUGUUUUGUUGAUGUCAAGUCCAAUAAAACUGUCUUUGACAGUUUGAGGAACAACCCAAAAGUUAAUUAUGAUGGGAGGUGCUUCUCCUACAAGUCAAAGCAUGAUUUGAAGGACAAGAACCAAUUACUCUCCUUGAUAUGCAAGUUUCCAGAAGGCAUUGCCACUAUUGAUCUCAAGGAUGCAUACCCAGCUGUGACGGAGGAUUUACAGGCGUUGAAAGCUGCUGGCAAGAUUUGGUUGCUAUCGAACUAUGAUUCACAGGAGGACAUUGCAUAUCCAAACGACCCCAGGGCAAAUAUUAAGGUGGAUGAUGAGCUUAAGCAGCUUUUUCGGGGGGUUGAAUUGGCUCAUGAUAUGCUCGAUAUUGAGAGGGAUCUAAUAAAGAAUGGCAUGAAGCCCGCUACAGACACCGCGAAGAGGAGGGCUGCUGCCCAGGUGCAGGGCAUUUCCUCCAAGCCAAAGAACAAGAAGAAGAAGCAUGAGAUCAGCAAGAGGACUAAGCUAACAAAUGCUCAUCUUCCAGAACUUUUUCGAAAUCUUGGUUCUUAGAAAUUUCGCGUCAAAUCAAGUUAUGGGUUGCAGGAUUGCUAAAAUAAGAAUGGUUUGGUUCAUAAUUGAAAUGGUAAGGGGUGUCCUGCAACUAAGGGGUGCAUGUACGCCACUCACUCAUAUGUUCUUUUGCUUUUAAUGGAUUUUUUAAAAUUCGAAAACUGUUUUCCUCUUUUGAAAAAAAGAAAAAAAAGAAGUAAUUUUCCUUUUCCAUAAAUAAAAAUAUUUUUCCAUUGAA